AUGAUCAGCCCCAAGAAACUACUUAGGAUGGCAAGGAAGUGGCAGAAAUUGGAUGCCACGGGAAGGAGAAGGCUUUCUUUGCCGAAAACCAAAGGGAAGUUUCUCGCCACAUCUUCGGUGGCAGAUAAGGGACAUUUCGUCGUCUACACGACGGAUGAACGGCGCUUCAUGAUACCCUUGCCGUAUCUUUGCAGCGACGUCUUCCAAAUGCUCUUUGAGAUGUCUGAAGAGGAGUUUGGACUAUCGAGCGACGGUCCUAUCAUCAUGCCUUGCGAUGCAGCUGUUAUGGAGUACAUAGUGUCCCUAGUCCAACAAGGCGUGGCUAAAGAACUGGAGAAAGCUUUGCUGAAUUCAAUUCUUGGACGGUGCUCAUAG